AUGGUUAAGAAAAGAGUUCGCGAUCCGCAAGAACUUUCUGAUGCGCCUGCGCAUAGUGCGGAGGAGGAAAAUGAUAGUGGAAGUGAUGGCGAAGAUAUCCUCAACGUCGACUUUGAAUGGUUCAACUUUCGCGAAAUCGAUUUUCACGGAGUCAAGAGUUUGAUUCGUCAAUUGUUUGAUGUGGAUGGACAGUUGUUGGAUCUGAGUGGGUUGGCGGAUGAGGUGGUGAGGCAGGGGACGGUGGGCAGUACGGUUAAGAUUGAUGGGGUGGGGACGGAUGCGUAUGCUUUUAUGACGGUGGUGAAUUUACAUCAGGGGAACGGGGAGGGGAAGGGGGAGAAGAAGGAUGUAGGUGAGGCGGUUAAGGGGCUCAGGGGAUAUUUGGCGGGUCAGGCAAAGGAUGGGGGGAAAAUUCAUCAGGUUGUUAAUGGAGGGGGGAAACUGGGAGGGGAUGUGGGCGUGGUGUUGGCAGAACGUUUGAUUAAUGUGCCAUCAGAGGUUGCGCCACCAAUGUAUGGCAUGUUGGUUGAUGAAGUUGAGGCGGCGGUAGAAGAUGGGGAACCAUAUGAUUUCGCAUAUUAUUUGGUGGUGUCGAAGGGAUAUCGAGAGGUAGAAUCGAGGUUGGAUAGGGAGGAACAAGGCCCGAAGAGUAAGAAGAGUAAGGGGAAGGGGAAGGCGUCGGGAGAGCUGUUUUACUUUCAUCCCGAGGAUGAGGUGCUCAAGAGAUAUAGUUGUGCCUAUGAGGAGUUUGAUUAUAAGAAGGAUGAGGGGGAGGGCAUGGCGGAUAGUAAGAGGGCAUUUCAAGAAAUGGGGAUUAGAGCAGUAGGAGAGUUAAUUUUGAUUGAAAAGGCGAAGUGGGAGGAAUGUGUUAAAGCAUUGGGAGAGUAUUUGGGUACGUCUAGUUGA